ACCUAUAAACACACGCCCAUCACGGCCCCACGGACAAUCCGCCUCAUGCAUGUCCAUCCUGGGAGUGAAUCCGAUGCCGUGCAGAUAUCUCUCAUAACGACUGCCCUCGACGCAGCCCCGGACUUCGAAUCCAUCUCAUACUGCUGGGGUGAUGCCCAGGACCAGCAUCAGUUGACAUGCAACGGCGCCACCCUCUCCAUCACCAACAGUCUCUUCACCGGGCUGGUGCGUUUCCGCCAUGCGCAUCAGCCUCGCGUCCUCUGGGCUGACGCCGUCUGCAUCAAUUAGGCCGACCCGGUCGAGAAGAACAAGCAGGUGAUGCUGAUGCCGCAGAUCUACUCUCAGGCGACGCGCGUGUUGAUCUGGCUCGGCAUCACCGACGAUCCUAUGUACGGGUAUGUUUCGCCCACCGUGGCUGACUCCAUCCGACAGGCCCUCGAGCUGCUUCCCGACUUUGACCCUGAGAACGCGGAUGAUAGAGCGGCCAAGUCGGAAGCUCUGCGCCGUGACUCGCACCGGCUGCAACAAGAGGGCAAGCCAAAUGUCCUGGACCAUGACUGGAUGCCGCUGGUGGCGCUGCUGGCUCGCCCGUGGUUCUGCAGGAAGUGGGUGGUGCAGGAAGUCUCGCUUGCCAGACACGCCGUAGUAUAUGUCGGUGACCAAGUCGAAGUUCCGUGGCUUGAGCUGGCAAAGCUUGCGUUUAACAUGGAAGGGCUCGGAGCUGACGAAUUUGCACUAUCGCAACUGAAUAAGAGGGGCCUGGAGGGUGGCAAUUCAGGGCAACAAGAGAGUCAGGAGAGGGUUGCAACCAUCAACAUGAUCCAAGUCUACAGGCUCAGCGGCACGCUCCUAGACGGAGUCAUUGCCACAAUGUUCUUCCAAUGUACCGACCCAAGGGAUUACGUAUACUCGCUCCUGAGUCUGGGUGCUGUUGGGCCGACAGUUCAGCCCGAUUAUCAAGCUUCGGUCAGCGAUGUUUUUCGACAAUUCGCGAUAGCAACGCUAGUGCAAGGCCAAAGCCUGAAACUGCUGAGUCUGGCUCCUGACAGGUCCUUAUUCUCUGGCCCGGACUCCCAACGAAUCGAAGGGCUUCCUUCUUGGGUUCCGGACCUGCGACUGGUGAAAUCAGAUGUUUUCAUCAGCUAUACAGUUCGACCGCAAGCCUUCUCUGCGGGCGGAUACGCCAAGCCGAUACUGAGCGUCUCAGAAGAUCAACGCCUUCUAAGCUGCAAGGGUGUGGUCAUCGAUACCGUCGGCGCCAUGUCCGCGUCACUGUUCCAAAUGAUGCUGGCUGACAUGCCCGAGUUGCGGUUCUCAUCGAAGACAGUGUCGGAUCCGUUCCCGAAGCGGAGGAAGAUGCGCUUCGCCCGGUGGCUUGAGGGCUGCUAUCGUGUCGCAUUUGGCAGUAACUAUGACGUUCAUGAGCUUGCCGCUCGCGAUGUCGACGCGACAGUGAGAUUCUCCCGCACAAUGAUGUGUGGCAUGGAUGCCAUGCGCAAUCGUCUGUCUCCAAAGAUGAUAGGCACGUUUCCACGCUACAUGGCAUGGGCAAUCGACCGUGCAGCAAACCAUGAUGGCGAGAUGACAAAAGACUCGGAAAUCCUACCGAGCGAGUUAGCAACAACAUACGAGAGUAUCGGGCGCCUUACGACGACGACGAAAUUCUGCGUCACCAAAAAUGGCCGUUUUGGACUGUUGCCGCCUACUUCGCAACCAGGAGACUCUAUUUGUGUCCUACUCGGCGGUGAGGUGCCGUUUGUUAUACGAUCAACGGGUUCCGGGACGUAUGCUCUUGUUGGAGAAUGCUAUAUUGAUGGUGCCAUGGAUGGAGAGGGUCUUGAGGCUGUAGCUUCAGUUGAGUCACUUGAGACCAUUUGUUUAGAGUAG